AUGGCCACUUCUGCCGACCCCUAUCGCCUCUCCUUCGGCGCCAACGAUGCCCUUGAUCUCAGUCUCAACCUGCCCAUAGUCUUGCUUCCGCCUUCUUCAGGCGCGCCUCGCGACCAUGAAUCCGACGAUGGUGACCAUGACGAGCUGCCUGCUUCGUGGGGCAAGGUGCCAACCAUAGAUGAACGGCAAAGCGACACCGAGGAUGACGACCGAAAAGCUUCUUCCGAAAUAUUUGGCAGCCGCACCGAUGCUAGUGGAGAGUUCGAGGACCCCGACACAGACGCUGAGCGGACGCCUACUACGGUCCGCGUGCCACACAUUCCGGAGAGGAACAUGCGACGGACCAACAAGAAGCCACCUCUCGCUGCCAACUCGACUGUUCCACUCCACCCCAUUCACUCCAUGCAAGCUGCUUUUGCCGAGUCUCUCCUCGAGGUCACGGACGGGAAGCCAGCAGAGAAGCCCAAGAUUCGGUUCGGAGACGCCAAAGCCCGCCGCGAGGAGCUCAUAAGCCAGGAACGGGAUGAAGAACUCUUGAGUGCUCAGUGGCGGUUCCGACCCGGCCAGCAGCAACAUGAGCUCAUGAAGCUCAUGUCCCAGAUCUCUUUUGGCGUCUACCUGUUGCUCAACGGCAUGGCCAAUAGUGCCUCCCAAGUUGUCAACAUUCUUCAAGGUCAUAUUGACGAGGUUGACGAGUUCCUCGAGGUCACCAUGGAGGACUUUCAGCAAGCUUCUGCCGAUUUGAAAGAGCGUAUCGAUUACCUGCGACUACCUAUGGAGAACCUAGAGGUCUUUGAGAAGCUUCUGGAGGAUCGCAAUUUCCGCCUUCAGAUUGUUGAAGGGAACGAGAAGAUUGAGCAUAUCCUCGCGCGCACGAACAUGCAACUCGAGCAGUACGAUCAGGAUAUUCAGCAAGGCCUCUCGUCUGCACGAGAAUUUGCCGUCUAUCUUUCGCAACAGAAAGAUGGCUCGUGGCGACAGGAUCGUCCUGACGUUGCCGAUAUCUACGAAGCCAUGAAGGGGAACACGGAGGGUUGGUUCAACGCCUUUGCAGACUUGCAGGCUCAGGGUAAAGAUCUCAACGCUCUUGUUGUUGAUCUCAGCCAAAUGGUGGCCGAGAUGAGCAGCAAGGCGGGGGAGGUGAGCCGCAGGACUUGGGCCUCGAUUCCCCCUUUCACCAUUCCGCUAUCAGAGACGCCAGCGAGCGAGGCGUCCCCAAAAUCUCCGCAGUCCUCUAUGCAAUCAUCCAGGAGCGGGAGGCAGUCUACUCGUCGCGCAAGCAGCCUUGUCGGCUCAGCUCCGAGCAGCUCGCAGUCCAAUGCGCAACCCACAUACUUCAAUAUUCCGAUUGCGAAACAUGAGGCCAGCACUUUACCUCAUCAACCAACGAAGAGUCUGACCCCCAAGCUAUCGCUCAAUACCGUCGGGACCCUAUCAUCUGAUACUGGUUCCCACCAUUCCGACCUGGAUGCUCAGUUGGAUGCCGGCCCAGUGGUGGACGACGCGCCGCUUUACAUUCUGCAGCCGCGCACGUACACCCCUCAGCCCCCUGAGCCGCUGCCAUCGCCAAUGGUUCGAGAACCUCCUCAGUUGGCAAAGGAGCCAGAACAGGGCCUUUCGAAGAAGACGUCUCUUCGACAGCGCGUUUCCAUGAAGACGACACCACCAGAGUCUAUCCACAUUCCUCGUCCCCAUCCCGCCGAUUUCCAGCGACCACCCCAGGCAACUCGAACCCAUCAAUCACCAGACUCCGCCUAUGGCUCCGACGACCAGCAGCGUCCGCGAUAUGGCACAAUUCAUGAGUUGUCGCCCCCGGCGCUGCCUCCGGUGGUAGCAUCACCACGGUCCGAACAUCAUCAGUUUUAUCGUCCCGUACAAGCCAGCCCCCAUUCGCCCCUCCAGCAGCGCCCCCUGACAGCCGGCGCCUCGCCCCGAAUGACAUAUCCAUCACAACAGGCAGAUUAUCGCCCGGGUCAUCAGCGUAAUGCUCCGUCGCGAAUGGGCGGGGCUAGCAUGCUCAGCAACGUGACAACCAUGACAUACGACUCUCAAGCAUCUGGCACUACGCCAAAGCUUAAGAAGAAACGCAGUGCCUUUGGCUGGCUCAAGAAGGCCUUUUCACUUGAUGAAGAGGAGCGCAUGGCUUAUGAGGGCUCGGAAGCAGGCAGACCCUGCAGAACCCGUACUACGAUGCACGUAGCCCCAAGUACCUGGAUGGCAAGCGGGUUCGUUAAAGGCCACAAGUCGGAGGAAACAUAUCAAGUCAAAGCCGCCCACCGACCUUGA